AUGGGGCCUAUUGCGAGGAUUCCGUUCUUAUUCAAACAUCUUCAACAAUUUAUCCAAGAUAAAUGGUCAAGCAAAGACUCAAUCGCGGAAUAUAUUCGAGCAAACGAGUUUAAUGAGAAGAAGUAUCGACUUGCGAUCAUCCAUGCUGAAGAUGAUUAUGGUAUUCCCUGGCAUCAUUUUCAACUUCUUUUCUGGCAUGCGGUUAAUGCUUCAAUUUCCACUAGUAUUACCUUUGAGGAACUGGAAGAAAAGAGAGUAGAUAACAUGGCGUAUUUGAGUGCUGCGGGGUCUGUUAUGGAAUGGAAGACGAACCAUGGGGUUAUUCGGGAAGAGAUACUCAAGACUGAGCUACAUGAUGUUAUUAUGGGAUAUCCGGUUGUUAGUAUGGCGGCGAUGCGCUUUUUUGAAGCAGCUGAUCCAUCCUUCACCUCUUAG